CGUCCCCGCUUCCAGCUGACCCGCAUUCACCAGCGCUAUACAGACGCGGGACAGCACCCGAGCGCGGCGAACUAGUCAACAACACCGUGGAGUUUCCUCCCCCACGUACACCGUGACCGUGAAAUUCCGGCAGUCCCGGGAUGGCAGGUCGCUGCUGUCGCCUCUUUUCGCUCUUGACAGCGCGCUGACAGAGGAAGCAGUCUCCCCCAGGAGCUUCAGGCGAACCGGCUGCAGCUGACCGGAAUUACACUGUAGCGUUCACUUGUUUCUCUUUUCUUUAAUUUGCCGCUCCCGGUGACAUGUUUUAUGUCGACUCUGCUUGAGGUGCUUUUCUAUCCGGAGUGGACAACACCGCUACAAAGUGAAACAGAGAAAGAGAGAGAGAGGCGCCUCGCAGUCAGUCACGGCGGUGCAAGGUGGACAUCCUGAGACAACCGAUCAGUUCUAGUCAAAAGGCAGAGCUGUGUAUCAAGUCUUUAUCCUCAAUGGACCCAGACAAAUGCAGCUGCAAAUUCUAAAAACUGACAGUAGCACCUUUUUUUUUUUUUUUUUACCUCCAACGAUCAUCCCACAAUCUUGCCAGAGAAAACUCUUGUGCUCUCUAUCUCACAGGACUCUAGAAGUAUUCUCUAUUUUACUCAGGUCUUUUCUCCCAAUGCCUACCUCCUCCACUAAAACACUGAACUCAGAGACAACCUGUUUUACCUUCUAAACUCUUCAAACUGAUGAAGAGCAUUGACUUAAGACCUCAAACUUCCUGUCGUCUAUAAGCUACAAAACAGCCACACUGAUCACUGAUAGCCUGGUCCAGUGGAAAUUAUUCAAACUGGAAGACGGACAAUAGCUACUUCAGCCUCAUAUCGUCCACUUGUUGAAUCUGGCCAAGGCUAUAUACCUCUGUUAUUAUUUCCUGGAAGACAUUUGUGUGCAGAAAACACAAGGCGACAAUCAUUGACGGAAUUGAUCCAGCAGACAGGAGUUAAUAUCCAAGCAAGAUGCAAGCUACAAAGUAGGGAAGCAGCACUGGUGUCUUCCAUUUGCUUUGGGGAGAAAAAUAUAACCAGGGAGAAAAGCUGAGUACUGCCUUGGAGAAAACAUAACUUCAUGUUUCCCCGCACAAAAGCCAGACUAUCUAAGCUAUCUAAAUACACCAGCAAAAAACUCAGGGGGCUUUCAGUGAGCUUAUUUUUACACCUAAAGCCUCCAAGCAGCAGAAGAAGGUCUUGAAAACUUCACCAGCUGUUUCUGUGCUGCAAUCGAGACACAAAGAAACUUCCUGGGAGUUCAAAUGCAAAUAAUCUUCACAGGUGGCAGGAGAGGCACAGAAGAACUGAGCAAGUGAAGAAGGAUGUAAUGCUCUCCGUCCGACUCGCCGUGCUCCCAUCCCGUGGUUCCCGUUCACGGAUUCCUCUGGUUGGAUGUUGAGAAGGCUGCCGGCGAAUGCUGAGCAGGUCGACCUGUCUGAGGUACGCCUCCCGGCUCUGCGAUUGGUCGCUGGAUGCUACUGGAGUUGAACGGCAACGAUGUUCGACAAGCAGGAGAGCAAUUCAUCUGAGAGCGAUGAGAAAGGAUGGCCAGAUGUGCCGAAGAGAAAGAGGAAAAACAGCCAGUGCUCCCUGAAGAGCAUGUCUGCUCUUAGCGUCUCUGUUCCAGGGUACAUCCCCAGCUACCUGGAGAAGGACGAGCCGUGCGUGGUGUGUGGGGACAAGGCCACCGGCUACCACUACCGCUGCAUAACCUGCGAAGGCUGCAAGGGUUUCUUCCGCAGGACAAUCCAGAAAAAUCUCCAUCCUUCUUACACCUGUAAAUAUGAAGGCUGCUGCAUCAUUGACAAGAUCACCCGCAAUCAGUGCCAGCUGUGCAGAUUCAAGAAGUGCAUCUCUGUGGGCAUGGCCAUGGACUUGGUGCUGGACGACAGCAAGCGUGUGGCCAAGCGGCGCCUCAUCGAAGAGAACCGAGAGCGGAGGAAGCGGGAAGAGAUGGUGCGGACGCUGCAGAUGAGGCCGGAGCCAGACAGCGCAGAGUGGGAGCUGAUUAGGAUGGUGACUGAGGCGCACCGGAACACCAACGCCCAGGGCUCCAGCUGGAAACAGAAGCGCAAAUUUCUGGCGGACGACAUCGGCCACGGUCAGCUGAUGCUCACUUCAGACGGAGAUAAGGUCGACCUGGAGGUCUUCAGUGAGUUCACCAAGAUCAUGACCCCUGCCAUCACGCGCGUUGUUGACUUUGCCAAGAAACUGCCCAUGUUUUCAGAGCUGCCUUGUGAAGACCAGAUCAUCCUGCUGAAGGGUUGCUGCAUGGAGAUCAUGUCACUGCGCGCCGCCGUGCGCUACGACCCCGAAAGCGAAACGUUGACGCUCAGCGGUGAGAUGGCCGUAAAACGCGAGCACUUGAAAAACGGCGGGCUUGGGGUUGUUUCGGACGCCAUAUUUGACCUGGGCAAAAGCCUGGCACAGUUCAACUUGGACGACUCCGAGGUGGCACUGAUGCAAGCGGUGCUGCUCAUGAGCUCAGAUCGGUCGGGUCUGAUGAGCAUGGAGAAGAUCGAGCGGUGCCAGGAGGCCUUCCUGCUGGCGUUCGAGCACUACAUCAACUACCGAAAGCACAACAUUCCCCACUUCUGGCCAAAGCUCUUGAUGAAGGUCACGGACCUGCGGAUGAUCGGCGCCUGCCACGCCAGUCGCUUCCUCCACAUGAAGGUCGAGUGUCCAAACGAACUCUUCCCCCCACUCUUCCUGGAAGUCUUCGAGGACCAGGAAGUGUGACAUCGCGCCCGCCGCUUCGGGUUUGGCGGUAAAGGAAGUAUCGGCCAUGGAUGAACAUUAUAGGAAAGACUGGAUUUUGUUUUCAUUUGUGAGAACGUGCCCUGUACAUUUUUCUGUUUAUUUGCCCAUUUCUGUCAAACACAAGACUUGACUUUCUGCCACCAGCAAAAUCUCAUCAGCAUCAUGAAACAGAACCCCAGGUGUUCUACAGCUGGUAGUUUUUCAACACUAUGCCAUAAACCUGCAUCUAUAUGCAAAUCCAAAUUGCAUCUAUGAGGAGGGCUGGACUGGUGCCACACCUAAUACAAACUGAGGGGCUUUGCUAGCGGCACACCUUCGUGAAAUCUCAAGCACAUGUCUUCGAGGGUUUUUUCUUGUCCUGGACCUGACAACUGGCACUUCUGACAAUCCCAGCAACCAUCCCGCUGAACUCCCACCUCCCCAAUAUCUCCAAGAGCAAAAGCUUCCACUUUCAACCCACUGUGGCCCUGAGAGUGUUCGUCAACCUACCUCUGUCACUCAAACCUUCACACUGAGAAACACACUCACAGAAUGUAUGUGCACAAAAAACCCACCCCAACACUGUUACCUCAUUUCUUGUCAAAUGUAUUUCUUUAUUUAUAUUUGGUGGGGAGGGAGGGGCCAGAUGUAGUUCAGUUAGAGGAUAUGGAGCCAUGCACCCCACAGUUACCCAUAUGCUACUGGCAACUGCUGAGAGAACAACUUUGUGUAAAACACUAAUCUACAAAGCAUUAUUUGUACUACAAGUCUUAUAGCCGAGGACUCUACAGCAAUCACCGUGCGUCACUAGAUGUGAUGAACAUCACAGUGCGUUCUGUAAGCACUAAACUGUGAGUAUGUAUGGAGUCAGUCUUGGCAAAUAAAGCUUUUUGAAUAGCGAACAGCUGCAAAGUGCAGAAACUCAACAUCGCUGUUCACAACUCCUUCCUCUGUUCUCUGAUCGGCCCUGUUGUAAUUCACCCUGAGAAAUCAAAGCCAAUGGGAGAAAUCUCUGAGUGGAGAUGAGAAUUGAGCGGAAAUGAGUAGGAAGCCAACGGCCAGUCUGGUGCCUCUUCGGUCUUUUGGGCUUUACUUGCAAAGGUUGUCGGAUCAUAGUUGCAUAUUUUUAGGGGUACGAACAAAUUUGUCUAUAUCUGUAUAUCCCAAUUGGCAAAAUUUAGGAUUUCCAAGCAAAUAAUCUGAAUAAAUAUUUGGCCUAUUUGUCUUAAACUUUUGAGAUCUAGCUCCUUUAUUCUCAUCGAUGAAAUAUUUAAACAAUCACAAUAACCCAUGGAGAGCUUUGUCUUUUUUUCUACACAUUUCUAUGUGGUAAUUACAGCUUAUGUGUGACUUUUGCUAGUAAUUUUGAUAACUUUCUCACUUUGGCUGUUUUUGGUUAAUUUUUAAGAUUUUAUCAAAUUUUAUUGACACAAAUCUCGUUCCAUUAUUUAUUAUCACAGUCAGGCUGUCUGUCGUGUUCCAGUAAAGAAAAUAUGUAAAAUUAAUUAAUUAAUAUGCAAUUUUUCCCCAACUUUAAAACAUAGCACAGUGCUUUAUAACCAUCAUUAUUAUUAUAUGUUUUUAGAAGAAGCCAAGAAUUGAUCAAUUUAUACAUAGCUUCAUAAAGAACUACUAAAGCUUCACUAGUUGGUUGUGAAGUAGCUAUGGUUACAAUGAUUGUCUGCUGAUUUCCAACGUGACUGAUUAGCAGUUGUUAGCUGUUUUGCUAGUAUUUCCUGCAGUGUGGUCUUCAGGUCAUUACUUACGGCUCUGACUAGAUUUCUCGAGCUCCGUUUCCAAGAGAACGUUUGUAACAAACAUACUUCAGCUGUAAAUUUAAAUGCCUUUUAAGUUCUGGAGCACUGAAUUAUUUCACCGAGCAGCUGAAACCCAGCUUUUCAGUUUGGCAUGACUACAGGGCGACUAUCCAUGAGAUAGAUAGCAUUUAUUGUCAUUGAACAGAAUUCAACGAAAUUUCCAUUGCAGCUCCCGUGCAAAAGGUCAAAUAUA